AUGCUGAGACAUUCAAACAGACUGUGAGUCAUUAGCCUGGGAGAUCUUUGGCCCACACAUAAAAGCUGGACGAUCAGUGGUAGUGACUCUCCAGGGGGCGACGGCUUACAUCCCUGCACCCAAGCAUGUGCAUAGGCCUUCAACCGCCACCACGGCUCUCUGUUGCCCCUAAACUAGAGGCUGUUUAGCAGCAGAUUUACAAAUGACCUGUGCUGCUGUUGUUUGAAGUGAUGCGGAGAGGGGGCGGCUCUACAACGCCGAGACCCUGCAUCGCUUGCAGGGCUCAUUACAGAUCAUGCAGACAGACGGACAGACAGACACUGACAAGGAGAAGUCGCUAAUGAGGAAAAGAGCAGAUAAAAACAGAGGAAGUACCAGCCUACUCUCCUCCACUCUGCUUCUCCACUGUCACUCUGAGAAAAUCCCGCUGCAGAAGGAGAUUCACCUGAGCCGAGCCGCAGAGACCUGCUGA